CGCAUCCCACACCGCAGCACUUCCGCAAGCGCAGUUAUGUGUCUGGCUCUGCGGCUCCUCUGAUUGGUUUGCUCUGUGCAUGUGACGAGCCCACCCACAAGAUGGCGGCGCCCUUAUGAUCAUGCUUGGCUAAGGAGAGACCCGCAGUGUAUAUACGGGUGAGAAGCGUUCUUGGGUCGGGUUCCUACAGUGCAGCGCUGCGGGGGCUCAUUCCUCAGAUGCGCUCCUGGGCGGCCAUUGUUAGGCUGUCAGCUCUGCCCUCUCACAGUUUUCCCUUCUUCAGAACAAAACUCCAGGCCUUGGGCAAAGCCUCUUGUUCAUACAGUAUGGAGAGUUCCGGAGAAACCUUUAUACACGAGGGAAAAGCCAGUGUGAUCUUCCCCAGCGCCAACCAAGUCUUCUAUAAUCCUGUGCAGGAGUUUAACAGAGACCUGACAUGCGCGGUAAUCACAGAAUUUUCUCGCCUGCAUCUCCAGCAGAAAGGGACUGACAUUGUGGUGCCCGGUGAGAGGGUGGAGCAGAAGCUGGUGGUGAACCUGUCGGAGACGGGAGAAGACAAAGUGACCUCUAGUCCAGAGAAUAACUCCACCCCCCCAGACCGACCCACUGCGCAUGUAGGGGAGCCCUGCCCUGAUGGGUUGCGUAUCUUAGAGGGUCUGGCUGCGUCUGGCCUGCGCUCCAUUCGCUUUGCCCGUGAAGUGCCCGGCCUACACAGCGUCGUUGCUAAUGACUUCUCCGCCAGCGCCGUGGAGCUUAUCAAGCGCAAUAUACAGCACAACGAUGUGGGGAACCUGGUGACGGGCAGCUACGGCGAUGCCCGGAUGGUGAUGUACAACAGGACGGGCGCAAAGGAUCGCUUUGAUGUCAUAGAUCUGGAUCCCUAUGGGAGCCCCUCCAUGUUCCUGGACGCUGCGGUGCAGAGCGUGAGCGAGGGAGGGCUGCUGUGCAUCACGUGCACGGACAUGGCGGUUUUGGCGGGAAACAACGGCGAAACGUGUUACAGCAAAUACGGCGCCAUGUCCAUUAAAUCAAAGUUCUGCCAUGAAAUGGCUCUCCGCAUCCUCCUACACAGCCUGGACCUGCGCGCUAACUGCUACCAACGUUACAUAGUGCCGCUGCUCUGCAUCUCCGUCGACUUUUACAUUCGGGUGUUUGUGCGCGUGUUUACUGGCCAGGCCAAAGUGAAGAUGUGUGCCAGUAAGCAAGCCCUGUUAUACAACUGCGUGGGGUGUGGGACAUACCAUCUACAGCGCCUGGGGAAAGCCACCACUCAUGGGAACAACAUGAAAUACUCACCUGCAACUGGCCCUCCGGUGACUGCAAGCUGUGAAUUCUGCCAUCAAAGGCAUCAGCUUGGGGGACCUAUUUGGGCGGAGUCUCUCCAUGAUAAAGAUUUUGUUGAGCGCAUUUUAUCCGCUUUGGAGCGAAAUCCGAAGAGAUUUAAGACUUCAGAAAGAAUUCAGGGAGUGCUGAGCAUGGUGACAGAGGAGCUGAGUGACGUGCCCCUAUAUUAUACGCUGGACAAUCUGAGCAGUGUGAUUCGCUGUAACACCCCGUCGCUGCUGCAGUUCCGCUCUGCUCUGCUCCACGCGGGGUACAGGGUCUCGCUCUCACACGCCUGCAAGAACGCCCUGAAAACCGACGCUCCGCCCUCUGUCAUUUGGGACAUUAUGCGCUGCUGGGAGAAGCAGAAUCCAGUGAAGAGAGAGAGGCUCUCAGAGACCUGCCCAGCGUUUCACAUCCUGAGCAAGGAGCCAAAGAUCGAGGGCAGCUUUGAGAUUCGCGAGGACGCCAAUCCUAAAUCUCGUAAAAUGGGUUUAAAGAGGUUCCAGGAAAACCCCGAGGCAAACUGGGGCCCCAAAGCAAGGGCCAAAGCCGGGGGUGGGAUUGCUACUACACUGGAGGAUAAACGGAAGCAGCACCAGAACAAGAGGAAGAACGCUCCCAGCGCAGACGAGAGUCACCUCAAAAGCUUCCCCUGCAAGAAGCUCAAGGAGGGUUCCUGCGAGUUGGGGGACAGCUGCCGUUACUCCCAUAACCCAUCGGAGGUAACACAGGGAGAAUCCCCUGCACCCCUGGAGGGAACCCCUUCCUAACCCUGCCCCACUGGGGGUAAAAUGUGGACAUGUUACAUGGCAAAGGUUCCAAGCAAGUCCCUAGGAGACCCCACGGGGGGGAGACACAGACUUGGUAGAUUCCAGGAAGAACGGAAAUCGCUGGAUCCUUCUUUUAUUUAAAAGAGCACACCCCGCGGUUGUGUUGGGUACAUCCUGCUAUUGGGGGGGCUACAUUUUAUAAAGGGGUUGGACUAAUACAGGUGUAAAGAUAAACAUACCCUAUUUGUAACUAG